AUUGCCAGACGCCCAGAGCGCACGCGGGAGCAGCAGCCAGUGGCGCGCGAUUGCUUACUGCUUCAUCUUCGCACCGCGUGCUGCAGAAUAUUUGUGAGAAAAACCGACAUGUCUGUGAGCCUCGUGCUGGAGAACUACAUCGGAGGGAAGUUCGUGCCCUGCUCCAGGCACGUGGACUCAUACGACCCGUCCACCGGAGAGCUGUACUGCAGAGUCCCGGACAGCGGCGCGGCUGAGGUGGAGGCAGCAGUGAAGGCUGCUAAAGAAGCGUUUCCUGGCUGGUCAGCCAAGAGUCCAGAGGAAAGAGCUCGGGUUCUGAAUAAACUUGCUGAUCUGAUCGAAGCUCGUCUGGAGGAUUUUGCUCAAGCAGAAUCUAAAGACCAGGGGAAGACGAUAAGCUUUGCCCGAAAUGUCGACAUCCCACGUGCCUUGUACAACUUCCGAUUCUUCGCUUCGUCCAUCCAGCACCACACGACUGACUGCAGUCAGAUGGACCACAUGGGCUGCAUCAAUUACACUGUGCGCUGCCCUGUAGGAGUGGCUGGACUGAUCAGUCCUUGGAACCUGCCUCUGUAUCUCCUUACCUGGAAGAUCGCUCCUGCUGUGGCAUCAGGGAACACGGUGGUGGCCAAACCCAGUGAGAUGACCUCAGUCACAGCCUGGAUGAUGUGCAAGCUGCUGGAGGAGGCUGGUUUCCCACCAGGAGUUGUGAAUGUAGUGUUCGGCACAGGUCCGCAUGCAGGCGAUGCCCUCGUGUCUCACCCAGAUGUGCCAUUAAUUUCAUUUACUGGUAGCACGGCUACAGCUCGAGUGAUAACCGAGCGCAGCGCCCCCUACUGCAAGAAACUCUCUCUAGAGCUCGGGGGGAAAAACCCAGCCAUCGUGUUUGCCGAUGCUGACCUCGAACAGUGCAUCAGCACCACCGUGCGCUCCAGCUUCUCCAAUCAGGGCGAGAUUUGUCUCUGUACCAGCAGGAUCUUUGUGGAGCGGAGCAUUUACCCACAAUUCCUAGCAAAGUUUGUAGAGGCGGCUCGCCAGUGGAAAACUGGCGCGCCCUCUGACCCCUUGAACCACAAUGGAGCGCUUGUAAGCAAGGAACACUUAAAGAAGGUCCGGGGUUAUGUGGCUCUGGCGAAAGCUGAGGGAGCUCAGGUGCACUGUGGCGAGGGAGUCGAUGAUCUCACCCUCCCGCCCCGCAACGCAUCUGGAUACUUCAUGCUGCCUACAGUGAUCACAGGCGUUGCAGAUUCCUCUGCUGUGAUGCAGGAGGAGAUAUUCGGCCCUGUCACUUGUGUAACGCCUUUCGAUACAGAAGAGGAAGUGAUAUCGCGGGCUAACGAUGUGCGCUACGGUCUGUCCGCUGUGGUGUGGUCCAGAGACGUGGGUCGUGUUCACCGAGUCGCUCAGCAGCUGCAGGCCGGCUUAGUGUGGACCAACUGCUGGCUCAUCCGAGAUUUAAACCUGCCGUUCGGAGGAAUGAAGCACUCAGGCAUCGGCAGAGAAGGAGGGAAAGAUUCCUACCACUUCUUCACUGAGGUUAAAAGUAUUACUGUUAAGCACUGAGAGGUUGCAGGAUAACACACUACCAUUAAAGUGGCUUUAUCUUAGUUUAACUCAGACGGUCAAAAAUGCGUUAUUUAAAAAAUUAGACACAGUGUAAUAUUUCUGAAUUUCCUGUUCACAAAUUACUAGCUCUUUUUAAACCAUAGUGAUGCCUUAUAUAAUAUCACCUACUAUAUAUUCUCUUUACACACAGGCUUAAUUGUCCAUUUUUAUCAGCUAAACACUACAGCUUAUCCUAUUAUCAAAUAUUAUGGUAUAAGACUUGCCACAAGCGCUUCAAUACACAUGUGUCCUUGACAUGUUGUUCACAUGAUAAAAAAAACCUUUGACCUUUAUAGUUAGAUGUUUUAGAGAAAUUGCAUUUGAUGGAAUUGUAUUAAUUUGUAACAGAUUAAAUAAAAAGUGCACGGUGGUGAUC